AUGGAUUCGACAAAUUUGAAGAUUGCUAAAAAUGAGACUCUGCUGAUGAAUCCAAUCAGGUUUGAGUCCAGGGCUCAAGAGAAUUCGAGAUCCUCGGAGAAUUCGAAUCCAAACAUCUCACACGCGACUCCGGCGAGAGUCUCCGGAUCUGUGCCUGCGAAGUCUACGAAGACGGGAAAAUCUGCGCAGAAGAAUCCGAAAUCGAAGCAUAAUCCAAGCCAGGCGGUGUUUUCACCACGGAAUCGUAUCAGAGAGAGGAGAUUCGUGGUGGUGAAGAAGAAAUUGAGGAAGGAAGAGAAGGAUUCAGCGUCUGUGAUUUCAGAAGUGGACUGUAAGUGUGGAGCUAAGACCAAUGCGAACAUGAAGAAAUGUGUUUGUAUUGCAUACGAAACUCUUAGGGCUUCACAGGAAGAGUUCUUCAAUAAUCGAAGAGAGUCGGAAGUAGAAACCGGAGAGCCCAGCCAGAUUGUGGAGGAAGGAGACGAAGCCGGAGUUGGAGAAUCCGAUGAAACUGGGCGUGAACUCAAAUGGUGGCCGGAGGAGCAGAAGAAAUGUAUGUGUAGCUUGGACUCCUCUGCUUCAAUGGGAAGUAGAAGAUUGAAGAAGAAGCAGAUAAAGGUCACUUCACCGAAGCCAUUCAAACUGAGAACUGAGGAACGUGGGCGAAUGAAAGAAGAAGAGUUUGCAAAGAAGCUACACGAGAUGACGAUGGAGGAAGAAAAAAUGAGAAUCCCCAUUGCUCAAGGUCUUCCCUGGACAACCGAUGAACCUGAGGGUCUGGUUAAGCCUCAUGUGAAGGAAAUCACAAUCCCAGUAGACUUGAAGCUCCAUUCAGACAUUCGAGCAGUAGAACGUGCUGAAUUUGACUACCAGAUUGCUGAGAAAAUAAACCUGAUAGAGCAAUACAAAGCAGAGAGAGAACGGCUACAAAAGCUAGCAGAAGGAGAAGAGUUACGAAGGCUGAGGAAAGAAAUGAUCCCAAAGGCACAACCAAUGCCAUACUUUGAUCGACCAUUCAUCCCCAAAAGGUCGAACAAGCACCCGACGAUACCUCGAGACCCCAAGUUUAACAGGCCGCAACGCAAGAAGAUAAGAUGUUGCAGUACAUCGUCUUGGAGUGAAAGUGGAUCUUACAUGAGCGAUCUCUUGUACCAGCAAGACCUCUGAAAAAGCUUGUUCACAAUUCUUCAACAAUAGUGUUUCCAUGUCCAUAUUAUCAUCACUUGCAAAGCAAAUUCGAUUAAGCAACCAAUUAGUUGCGAUUUGCAAGUCUGUUCUUGGUUCUUUCUGUACACGUCACAGAACUGAGCAACUAAUUGGAUGAUAGGCAGAUAUUGGUUCAAGUUUUUAGUUGUUGUUGAGAUGAACAAGAGAAAAGCAAAUACGAAACAAGAUAGAGAGAUUCACAAAACACAGGGAAAAGAAAAAAGAAACACAAAGAUUGAAUCGAAAAACACGCUCUAUGCCAAUGAAGCUAGCAGUGAAGUUGUAUCCAUCAUCUCAAGUUGGGGAGGACGAGGCAUGGAUUCGAUCCACCUUGGGAACACGAAUGGGGAAACAUUGAAGCGAAUUCCACGGCCCCUACGAGAGUAUGCUUUAAAAAGCCCAUCCAUAAGCUCCUCACAGGUAGACUGGUUCACAAGACAAUGUUCAGUGUUGUAGUUUUGUGUGUGCAAGUUACAUGACACCAAAUUACGGUUAUGUCGAUUCCAGAGGUAGACAAGGUUGCGAUCAAAGGGAUUCAUAGCCAGGGGUGUACAUUCAUCAUCAAACGGGAGGCGGAUGUCCCACACAAGUUGCCACUCUGAAUCGUUCAACAACAUCCAAAUCUUCAAAAGGUUGGGAGGUAAUGUUUUGAUAUACAUGACAAAUCCGGCGGAUGCGGUCAAGGCCCGGUUGUGAUUCAAAUCAUGAUCGGGGAGAGGUAUAACCUUACACAGGCUGGAUUCACCAUAGAAAUCAUGAGCUACAAUAGCUGCUGGUACGUAGGGAUCUGGUUCAUCGAAACCACUCGAGUACAUAUAAAGCGUACCAUUCAGACCCAUAGCACGAGAGUGGGAGGGGAAGUAACGAGGACAAUCAAGUCGCUUGCGCGUCCAAACGCCUGUCUCAGAUGAGUACACACACAGACACAAACAAUUCGAGGAACUGUCUCUGUGGGCUUUAUGCCAAACCAUCCUAACCACUUUGAAGCCCAGAACAACGCCGUCCUCGUCCACGCGAGUCACCAAACCAAACGAGUUAGAUAAAAACUGAUACGGAGGAGCAGGGAUUUUAACCCACUGCUGUAAUACCGGAUUGCCCACAUAGCAAGCAUCAUCAUCAAACCUAUACAUAACAACCAAUCCAUUCGAACAACCCGCAUAAGCAGUUCUACCUGAUUUACUUUUCUCAACAUAACGACCUAGAGACUCUGGAAGAUCCCAUGUCUUGCAUCUAUGCAACUUUAUCAGCUCGCUUCCAAACCCCACUACUAGCGACCAACACGAAGACCUGUUUUUGUGCACAGACACAAACAGACGCCGGAAAUACACAGAUUCUAUUGCCGAUUUCCAUGCUUUGCACACCGAUUUGAAUCUCCAGAUGCUUCUCAAUGGUAGCCUCGCCAGUAUCUCUGUCAAUAUCGCCUCCGACACAUGUGUUUCCAUUGCAAUUUUCUUUUGUCAAUCACAUAUUUAGGGUAAGGAUUUUCUUCUUUUAUAUAUAUAUAUAUAUAUAUUAAUGGGGAUUGUGAU